UCUGCAGCGGAAGCUAUGACGCCAGCUGUUACGAGUCCAAGCAUUCCCCCUUUGGGUUCUAGCGUUUGCUAAACAGGUUAGCCUGUGCAAAUUGAUCAAGCCAAAAAUAAAUAUUUCCAAUUCAACACCAACACCAACCCCAGCUUCAUUCAGCUCGUCUCAUCCCAGCCUCAAACCACGCCCAACAACCCGACUAGGCCAACAAGAUGGCCAGCCCGCGCCUCCCCCUCUCCCGUCUCACCGGGGGACUCCGUCUCAGCCAAAUCCAGACCCGCAAAUCCUCAACCGCACCACCCACCGGACCACAACCGCAACAACACGACCCUCACGCGCUGCUCUCCAAACCAACCUGGUCAAUCCGCGCCCUCCUCCCACCAUCAUCCCCCUCCAGCACCACAACCACCACCCCUUCACAACCCCCCCAAAUAACCCCCCCGCAACUCACCCACCUCCUCCGCCUCUCCGCCCUCCCCCAACCCACCACCCCCACCGAAACCAGCCACAUGCUCGCCACCCUCCACGCCCAACUACACUUCGUGCGCGACAUGCAACAGGUCAACACCGACGGCGUGGAACCCCUCGCCGCAAUCCGCGACGAGACGGUAGCAGGGCAGCGCGAGGCGACGGUCGGGGUGGCGACGGUGCGGGCGGCGCUGGAGGCGGAGGAGACGCACGGGCGGUGCCGGCGGCCGAGGCGGAGGCGGGGCGCCGCCGCCGCCGCGCACGAGAAGAAGGAGGAUGAUGCGGGUGGUGGGGGGAUAGAAGGGGUGGAGGAUUGGGAUGUGCUCGGGGGUGCGGGGGAGAGGGUGGGGAGGUAUUUCGUUGUACGGAGCAGGAAGGGGGAUGUGAAAACACACUGAUAAGAUUGC